AUGAUUGUAGCAUAUCAGAACUAUUCAAAACUCCUCUGGCUCCCGGUCUACUCUCUAAAUGAUAAGCAUCACAACUCUAUCGGUUUCCAAAUCACCGCAAUUUCCCAAUUCCUUAUAUACUGCAUUUCCGCUUAUGUUAUCAUUAGAACCUGUCAGAUUUCUGUUAGAAUCAAAAUUUUCCAUGAGAACAUGGUUAUUUUGUUAUGUUGGUUUUUAUUGCAAUGGUUUGAAGCAAUUAUCGCAAAAGCUUGGAUAAUGCUCUACCAAACUGGAACUAUCGGAAUUGGAAAAUACCCGGAUAGAGCCUACUUCGCCUGGUGGACUGAAGAUCGGGAGAAGAUGGUUUUGGUAGAUGAUCUGAAAGAUAUUAUGGACCUAUACGUGGCGAGUUGUUUUAUGUGGCAUUAUAUUUAUUCGGUGAUUUUCGCACCGGUCGUUGUGAUUGUAGAACGGGGAAUAGCAACUUGGUAUAUUCAAGAUUAUGAGAAUGUGCGUCGACGUCAUAUUCCAAUUCUCCUAAUCAUCGUCACCAACCUGAUCACAAUUCCCUAUGCUCAUUUCAUUAUCAAUAAUCGAAUCCCAUUUUUGAUCGCAUAUGCGCAAUGUGUUCUAAACGCGGGUUUCGUGUUUUUUGGAUACAGUAUAUCAUGGAAAGUACACGCGAGAUGGAGGAAACAAAUGGACGAGCCGCAGACGGAUGGUGAGCAAUAUUCGUUGGCCAAGAAGUUUCAGAUCGAGGAGAAUAUACGGUUUAUCGUGCUAAUUCGCAAAAUGGUGCUCGUGAUUGUUAUCUAUUUAUCGUUAUCAUUAACCAUGCUAAUUUGUUUAGUUUUCGAACUUAUUCAGGGAUACGAUUGGAUUUUUGUACAUUUGCUAGAUAACGUGAUCUUGUCUGCCGCACUAGUCAUAUCAAUUGCCUUACUAUUUUGCUCACCGUCCUGGAGAGAUGCUUUUAUUGGUGGCAUACCAAUUAUUCGUCGAUUCCGAAAACCACCAGUGUCUCUACGAAAGUUCUCGCAAAAAGUCUCUCAAGUACCGGAGACCGAACUUUAUUUUAUUCAGCUUAAGAAUGCAUGGGUUUAAUUUAAUUCAUUUUUUGAUAAAUUUUAAAAACUUCAU